UUUUCAAUCCCAACUUCCUCUGUUGUUUUGGGAAUAAGGCAUGUGUCUCAGAGCGGCCGUGUGAUGAGCACAUGACAAAACUUUAUAUUCUAUUGGUGAAAUGUUUAUGUUUAACGGUUCACUUCGCCUCUCUCAGAUCAACAACACAUAGAAAUAUUCCAGGUUUAACGGUAAAAUAACCUUUUUACACCAAACGUGACACAAUGCUAGAUCUACCUAUCCCUCUAUCUAUCAAAGCUAUCAAAGCUAUCAAAGGGUCCAUCCCUUAUCUAAUAGAAGGUAUAUGUGAUCUCGGUUUGCUAUUAACUGUGUGUGAAUCUGUUUGAGCUACUGUUGACGUCUGAGCUUGAAGUAAGUAUGAGCAGAAAUGUCUGAUUUGCAAUUACAGUCUGCUGACGGUAAUAACCUCGCCUAAUGAAAGUCAGGGAGGAGAUGCCGAUGGCCUGAGUAACACAGGAGUUGAGAUUAGACUUAUACGACAGAAGAUAAAGUGUCCAGAGAGACAGAAAAAGACAAAGUCAGUGCGGAUAACACUUUCAUAUCAAGCGCACCAAUAAGAAGUUAAGAGUAAGAGAAACAGAAGGAGAAGUCAUAACGAGAGUUUAGAGUCUGCGUUUGUACAUCAAAGAAGAAGAAAUUGAAUUUGGGAAUGAGUGGAGGAGAAAUCGGUCACGGUGGUUAGUUCAAUGAAACGAUUGUAACGUUCCAGGAGGAGAUUCUUUUUUCCAGCAUCGCCAGAAGAAGGACCAUGUCUCAUCUGUGGCUUCCCAUCGUCAUAUUCCUGUGUUUUCUUCCACUAGCAGCCUGUUUGCAAUGUUACACCUGUUUGAUCCCGACCGUCUCUCCUGUGGACUGCAUCAAGUUUCCUCAGGAGUGUCCGGCCGGGCAGCGCUGCCUGUCCAGUACCGCGACAGCAAAACAAGGCGCUCUGGAGAUGACUAUGUACGAGAAGAGCUGUGCCAUCCCCGCCCAGUGCGGCCUGAGCGGACAGAAAUCCACCGCAGGUCUCAAAUUCAACUACACCAACGUCUGCUGUGACACGGACCUGUGCAACAGCGCCGUGACUGUUGCUGCCCUCAGCUGGAGUGGAGCGUCUCUCUGUGUGCUGCCUGCACUCGCUCUGCUGCUGAGCUGAAGCUGCCGAGCUGAAGUUUAACGAGUUUAACCCUUAGAACACAGAGCAUUUUAGCUGCUUUUUUCCAUUACUAUGUUUAAACAUACAGUAUAUACAGAGGGCCUUGAAUUUCCUUUUGGGUACCACAAGUUUUUUGAAAUUGAAUAGAAUUAAAUAAGAAUGUACAAUAUAGUACAUAUAGAGUAUCUUACAUCCUUUUUUUAAGCACAACCUACGCAAUCUGAUGAAAAAAAAAACAUUAAUUUUCACCAACUCUAUAAACACA